AGAGGAUCAGACAGUCAGCGCGCCCAUCUCUCCACGAAUCGCGCAGAAUGCCUGGCCAACGCGGGCCUGUACCAAUUGGCCAGGCAAAUGGCACCAGCCAGGACCUCACGCUCGACAUCCUCGAAUAUGUCGACACACACGAUCCUUUCCGCACCGAUAAAGCGUAUGCGCAAAUCCCGCAAGCAGAAAUCAAGGCUGCGCUGGAUCGAUUAGGCAGCAGGGCCAUGAUUGAGUACAAGACGCACGAAACAGAGCAGGUCGUUGUCACACGAGAGGGGCAGCAGAUCGUGGACGAGGGUAGCCACGAGUUCAAAGUGUGGCAGGCAGUGAAGAAUGCAGGGCGGCUAGGGCUGAAAGAUCCUGCACUGGCGACCCCAAGCGCGAAAGUGGGACAAGGAAAUGCUUUCAAGCAGGGCUGGAUUAAAAAGGAUGGCGAUGCUCUCAUUUCGCUGAAAGAUGAAGUACGGGAUGGCACAGCAGAGACUCUUCAGUAUGUUGUCCAGACUAAGACCAUGCCGGACCCGAAGCAAUUGAAGGACUUCCAGAAGCGAAAGCUGGUCACUACUCACAAAGUCAUUGCCUACGAAGUGUCGAAAGGACCGAAAUGGGCGAAGGAGAUUCCGGUAGAAGUGACAGAUCUGACGAUGGAAAUGAUCCAGGAUGGCAGCUGGAAAACUGCAAAUUGGAAGCCAUACAACUUCAACACUCUUGGCGCAGAGCAGCAUGCAGGUGCGCUUCAUCCGCUGAAUAAGGUGCGGGAGGAGUUUAGGAAGAUUUUCUUUUACCAGGGCUUCACUGAGAUGCCGACGGGACGCUUUGUCGACACUGGCUUCUGGAAUUUCGACGCCCUCUUCGUGCCCCAGCAACACCCUGCCCGCGACCUACAAGACACCUUCUAUGUCUCAGACCCCCCCGAGUCUGGCCUUCCUGGUCCCGAUUCAGCCGCCGAUGAAGCACUAGAAAAGAUGGAGAAGGACGCCGGCGCCACUUCUUCCAAAGCCAAGCCCCUCGACUACAAGCAGUACUACGAAGACAUUAAGGCUGUCCAUCAAGACGGCAAAUUUGGCUCUGUAGGUUACCGGUAUCCAUAUGCAGAUAAGGAGACGAAGAGGCUCGUGCUUCGAACGCACACUACAGCUGUCUCUACAUACUGCCUUCACCGUCUGGCUGCCGAUCCUCGACCUGCGCGCUACUUCUCCAUAGAUCGCGUCUUCCGAAACGAAACAGUCGAUGCGACCCAUCUUGCCGAGUUCCAUCAAGUCGAAGGUGUGAUUGCAGAUUACGGACUUACACUUGGCGGUCUCCAGAAGUUUCUGGGCAACUUCUUCAACAAGCUUGGCAUACUUGAUCUUCGCUUCAAGCCUGCCUACAACCCCUACACCGAGCCAUCUAUGGAAGUCUUCGGUUUCCACACUGGUCUCAACAAGUGGGUCGAGAUCGGGAACUCUGGUAUGUUCAGACCGGAAAUGUUGCUGCCGAUGGGUCUGCCAGAAGAUCUGCGAGUGUACGGGUUCGGCCUGUCUUUGGAGCGGCCGACCAUGAUCAAAUAUGGCGUGUCGAACAUUCGCGAGCUGCUCGGUCACAAGGUGGAUCUUGGAUUCAUCAAAAACAAUCCGGCCGUGCGCUUCGACUAUGAUUGAGCUGAGCUGGAGCGCCGGCUGUUGUUUGUGCGCACAUGUCAGAGUAAUACCCUGUAGAAACUAUAGCUACAUUGCGAGACGUCAUGAGUGUUAAAUGAAAAGUAAGAACGCAGUCGCCUGUCCGAUUCUCGAUACAAGACCACAAGAUUUUCGCGCACGAGACGAGGAACAAUCGCGAACCCUCUCGCUCGGUGGUAUUGUCGAGCCAACUCAAUGUCUCCAAUGAGUAGCCAACAACCUCGCAUGCUUGCGCAACCAUUCACAGGUUCCGCAGCCUCUUCACUUCGAGCGGUCAUACAUACAGAGCACGGGCGUUGAGGUCCGCUUUCGUUUGCUU